GGAGACGAUGCUGCAAGCGUUGAGGUUUGUGAUCCAGGGCGCCGGCUCGAAGGUGGACCCAGAGAUCCGCAAAAGCAUCACCACCACGCUGCUCGGCAUGCUGGGACACGAUGAGGAUGCAACCCGUAUGGCUUCAGCAGGCUGCGUCGGGGAGCUGUGUGCCUUCCUGUCGGAGGACGAGCUGAAGAAUGUGUUACAGCAACACAUCUUAGCGGAUGUUUCCGGCGUGGACUGGAUGGUUCGUCACGGCCGCAGUCUGGCCAUGUCCAUCGCAGUGAAGUGCGCUCCUGAGAGGCUGUGCGGGGGGGAAUACUGCGACACUGUGACCGAGGCCAUCUUAACCAACGCCACUGCAGACAGG